UCCAAGUUUAUUUAAAUGAGAGAAUUAAGGGGAAUAGUAUAGCCAAGAAUUAAACAUUCAUAAAAAAUGGGAGAUUUAGAAGGAGGAAGCAACAAAAAUUUAGGCGAUGGCCCCCAAUACCAACAAUUUUCUUCACGUAAUGUUGUCAAAAUACUUGUAUUAUUCUCGGCAGUUGCUCUUUCAAUUCUCCUUCUUUAUCACUCUUCUUCUUAUCCUCUUCAAUUCUUUACCAACUCCUCCUACAAGCCUGGAAACACAACUCCGUCAUCCAUUGCUGGAAAUUUACUUGAUACUGCCAAUGUUUCUGCACAAAGAACCCAGCCUUUAACAAAGUUAGAGGAAGUGUUAGAAAAAGCAGCGAUGGAAGACAAAACAGUGAUAAUAACAACGUUAAAUGCAGCAUGGACAGCUCCAAACUCCAUAUUUGAUGUUUUCUUGGAAAGCUUUACUAUUGGGAACCAAACGAAACCUUUGUUGAAACAUGUUUUAGUUGUAGCUUUGGAUCAAACUGCGUAUUCUCGUUGCUUGGAAAAACACUACCUUCACUGCUAUGCUCUGACUACAGAAGGCGUUGAUUUCUCCGGUGAGGCGUAUUUUUUGAGCGAUGAUUAUUUGAAGAUGAUUUGGAGAAGGAUUGAUUUUCUGCGUACUGUUCUCCAGACGGGAUAUAACUUUAUUUUCACGGAUGCUGAUAUAUUGUGGUUUCGACAACCAUUUGCACAUUUUUAUCCUGACACUGAUUUCCAAAUAGCUUGCGACCAUUAUUGGUAUGAUUCUUUUGAUUUGGACAACUCACCGAAUGGAGGUUUCAAUUUUGUGAAAUCAAAUAAUCGUAGCAUCCAAUUUUACAAGUUUUGGUAUGAUGCAAGAGAGGCUCAUCCAGGAAAAAUGGAUCAAGAUGUACUCAACAUGAUAAAACACGACCCUUUUGUUAAAGAAAUUGGAUUGAAAAUAAGGUUUUUGGACACUGCUCUUUUUGGGGGAUUUUGUGAGCCUAGUAAAGAUCUCAAUUUUGUUUGCACAAUGCAUGCAAAUUGUUGUAUAGGACUUGAAAAUAAAAUACAUGACCUAACUAUGGCCAUUGAUGAUUGGAAAAAGUUUAUGGCUUUACCUGCUGAUGAAAGGAUGUCAAAGCCACAAAUUUGGACUGUUCCAAGAAUCUGUGGUUAAAAGUUUGAUAAAUUACAAGAUUUUCUUCUAUUUAUGGUCCAUGCAGGUGUAAAAUCCUUCAUGUUCUCUGUAUUUUGUUUUUCCUUUUAUUAAUUAAUUCCUUUUUAGUAUCCUUCGGAGGGAGAUGAAGGAUUUGAAUAUUACGGGUCCGGAUUUAGUAUUUUACGAAACCUCAUUUAAUUUACUGGGUUCGAACUCUAUUAUUUAGUGAACUGUUUAUUACAUAUACAGCUUUAAGCAAAGAGCAUUAU